CAGACAGACGUGUCCCUCAUGCAUAAAAAGACAGGACUCCUCCUGCUCACCUGAAAGAGCAGUGUACAGACAGACUGACUGGAGGGCGGGCAGGUAAUCAUACACAGAGGCGCGGAGCCGGAAGAACAAGCAGGUCUACUUGUCCUGAUAGCACUUUUCCAAUAGUAACUCCAGGUGUUUCUUAGACUGCAACUCUGCCCUCUGCUUUCUUUAAAAAACCACGAUUUAUUUAUGAAAGUGAAGCGGCAUCGGAGUAAACAUGACAGAGCAAAGAAAGAAGCUGAUUCUGAUCGUGGUGGAUGUUCUUUGCGUCUUUCUCGCGGCUUUGCCCUCAGCCAUCCUGACGCUGAUGUUCAGUCCAUACCAAAGAGGAAUCUACUGCAAUGAUGAGAGCAUCAGCUAUCCAUACAGGAGAGACACCAUCUCCCAUGGAACCAUGGCUGCUGUUACCAUCAUCUGCUCCAUCGUCAUUAUCACCACUGGAGAGGCCUAUCUUGUGCACACAAAGCGUCUGCGCUCAAACUCCCAGUUCAACCAGUACCUGUCAGCUCUUUAUAAGGUGGUGGGCACCUUCCUGUUUGGAGGAGCUGUCAGCCAAUCACUGACCGACCUGGCCAAGUUCACCAUAGGUCGUCCCCGUCCGAACUUCUUAGCUGUGUGCGCCCCGGUCACCUGCAAUGGAUACAUGCUGCAGAUCAACUGCACAGGCAACCAUCGCAAUGUGACUGAAUCCAGGUUGUCGUUCUACUCCGGCCACUCAUCCUUUGGGAUGUACUGCAUGCUCUUUCUGUCGCUCUACAUCCAAGCCCGGAUGCAGGGCAAGUGGACACGACUGGUUCGACCAACCAUCCAGUUCUUCCUGGUGGCGUUUUCUCUGUAUGUCGGAUACACGCGCGUGUCUGACUACAAACAUCACUGGAGUGAUGUACUGCUGGGGCUACUGCAGGGAGCUCUCAUCGCCGUGCUCACUGUCCGAUAUGUGUCUGACUUCUUCAAGGAGCGCUCCCCUCUCAGCACACAACAAGACACAGCUGAGAGUGAACGCCUUGAACGCAAACCAAGCCAGCAGCCUCCUGACUCGCAGCACGGAAACCAUUACAAUUACUCUGGACCUGUAUGAGCUCUAUGCAGCAGCAGCUACUUUUACCAUCCUGGGCCUACACUCUAACAGCAAACCAAAAGGACCUGUGACUUGUACAGAAAAACAAAACAACCUGCAGUAACCACUACCUGGAAAUCCAGACUAGACCUGCUCCACUCUGAUGGCUUCCAAAAAAAUUGUACAGCCAUAAAAACUCCAAGAGAUUCCCAAAACCUGUUGGAACAGAAGCUCCAUCGUCUGUGUCUUUUAGUAAGGGUGUGUGUGUUCAUGAAAAUGUGUGAUUGAUUUGCAGCGUGUUUGUGUACAAGCGUACACAAGUGUGCAAUGCCAUAUUAUAUAUAUAUAUAUAUAUAUAUAUAUACACACACACACACACACACACAGAGUGUAUAAAAGUUUCAGAUUUGUGGGGGAGAAUUUAUGCUGUAAGUUAAAGUGAGCAAAGACUGCAAAAGAGAUCUGCAGAUUUCAAAAAUACAGCCCAAAGAUUACUUUCUGUCCUUGAGUGGAAUGACUAAACCUUAGAGGCUGAAUGUUUCCCACUUUGUUGCUUAGUGCAGUCAGAAAAGACUUUUGUUUUACCUACACUGGAGCUAGAUUAUAUCUGCCUGUCCUUGAGACUUCUGCCAUUGUUCUCUCGCAGAUGUCUCUACAUUUUACUGUCUUUAGAAGAUGUGCAUGUGUAAUGAUGGACUGCUUUUAACUAUAUACAUGAUUAUGUAAAGUGCUAACAUUUUUAUUAUGUUUAACUACUGUAUCUAAAAUUGUGUAGCUUUUCAAGAAUGUUACCACUGCCUUUCUGUGACGUUACAGCAAAAUUUUUUGAGCUGGAAAAAAUUUUUCUGGAUUGCACAGACAAAUUUCACCUAAAGGGAAAUUGGCCAAAUGCCAAGGACAGAGUCGAAUGGAGGCGUUACUGAGACAUUCAUCCCAUAAACCACCAACUUUUUUUUCAGCUUCCUCGUACCUCAAAUUCUUGUGGAGCCACAAUUUCACUGCAAGUCUGACAUGAACUGAACUAAAUCUUCAUAGGGCCUUUCCUUCCUUCUUAAUAACAUGUGUAACCUAUUGUGAAACUCCCCACAAUGUAAUCACUUCUUUCAGCUAGUUUGUGUGUAGUUUUUCUCCAUAAAUAUUAGCCAGCA